AUGCUGCUAUCACAUGAUGCCAGUGGACCUGAUCUGCGCCUCUUUUCUGUUCCAGCCUAGGAAAUGUCUCAGAAAAGGGGCAUUUUUCCUGACCCCGACCUUCCUCUCCAACAGGUGCAAGUUCCAAGUCUGUGGGUGCAGGGCCAGCAACACCACUUCAUCCAACCCCUGAUGGCCAGGGGUUAGGAUUGUGCCUUGAGUUAUCCAUCAAAUAGCAGUGGGCUUCCCAGUCCAAGUGUAGCACCAUGGCUCUUUCAGAGGAUAGACUGAUGGAAUUAGUAGCUGGGUCAUGAACUGCGGAUUUCAUUUUGUGCUGUCUUCCAAGCAACAAAAACUCAACUAGGUGUCACUGAAUAUGCCGCGUAGCUAAUGGUUGAUGGUGCUUUCUUUCUUGCAGGUUGCUUUGUUGCCAAAUAAUGCUGCUGACCUUAGCAAACCGAUCACAGGAGAAAAAGUACUUGCAUCCAAUACAUUAAUACCAGGUCCUCCUGGACAGCCAGGUGAUCAGGGUCCUCCAGGUGCCACAGGUCCUCAAGGGAGCCCUGGAUUUCCUGGAUCUCCUGGCCCUCCAGGUCUGCCAGGCCCUAGAGGAGCAAUGGGGCCUAUGGGACCCUCUCCAGACCUGUCCCAUAUUAAACAGGGCAGAAGGGGCCCCGUGGGUCCUCCGGGAGCACCAGGAAGAGAUGGAGCAAAGGGUGACAGAGGGGCACCAGGAGAAAAAGGAGCACCGGGGCCACCGGGUUCUUUUGACUUCCUGUUGCUAAUGAUGGCCGACAUCAGAAAUGACAUCGCUGAGCUGCAAGAGCGGGUGUUUGGCCACAGGACUCAUUCAUCGACUGAAGAGUUUCCAUUACCUCAGGAAUUUACAAACUAUCAGGACAUAGUGGAUCUGGGAUCCGGAGAAGAUUACAAACAAAGGACUGCGUCGAAAGACUCCCGAACAUACGGAGAAGGCAAUCAUUAAAUCGAGCUUGUGACCUGGAAAGAGUAAAACUUUGCAGGGCAGUGGUCCACAAGUCAUUUAAGCCAGCGUACUUGCACAUAUUCCAGUUUAGCCCCAUGGAAAUGGGCCCAUGUACACGAUUCACUGAAAUUACCGUCUUCCCUUACUAUAGCACUGCAGGCAGGACCAAAUUAAGAGCCAGCUAGGUGAUCAGCACUCAGUGAGAAUUAUCCAUUGUUGGAAUGGGCAGAUGGAGAACUGCAUAUGAAAAACCAAGACCUAGAUUGUAGGUGGAAGACAUAUGUGUUAGAAAGGAACAAUCCUUUCUACACGUUUCCUUGACAUGCUGUCUUUUGUCUGCAUGGAGUUGUUUGCUACAGCUCAGCGGUUUAUGAUGGCUAUAUAUUACCUUCCAUAUCAGAGGAAGUGUGCUUCGGAAUAGCUAUUGUUGCAGAACACAAGUGGAACAGCGCCAUAACAUUCAUGCCCGGCUUGUGGGCAUCCCAGACGCAUCUGGUCAGCCACUGUUUGGAAUGGAAUGCUGUCCUAAAUAGACCUUUGCUCUGAUCCAGCUGCUCUCUUAGAUUGUCAACAACAGAUGCAUCCCAUGACUCUGCUUAUAGUGUAACUCGACUCUCGAGAGCAAGGGGCAUCAGGAAUUUGGCUCUCACC